AUGACUACGACUGACUUUGACUGGAUGUUCAGGGGAAAUCUCCUCCAACUUUGGAGAAUCUCUCCAGUCUCCACGGGGGUGCGAGGCUGGGUUCUUCUUUGCCGAAUGGAGUGGAAAGGACGAAAGAUGGAAGAACACUCCAUUAGAGUCAGCGCAAAUAUCCAACAGGGCCAGAACCACCAAUUCUAG